GAUAAACAUAUGUUUCUUUCAUCUGUUUGCAAAAUACGCUGCGAAAUCGGCCGAAAAGUGUAAUGAUAUAGCCGCUAUAUCUGAUAUGUCCAAGCGCAACAAUAUAACUUACGUCAAGCCGCAGGAACCGAGUUUUUUGGCCAAGUUGAAGGCAGAAAUUGGCUACAAAGAAGGGCCCAGCGUAGAGACCAAGCGCCAGCGUUUGGACAACGAGCAGGAGGAUUACGAUUCUGAGGAGGAUUCGCGGCCAGAAAGGGAGGACGAGCAGCCUCAGGUAGUGGUCCUUAAGCCAGGAGAUCUGUCCGCUGAAGAGGCCAAAACGGAGAAAUUGUUGGCCGCCAAAGAACUUGCCGAAAAGCGUGCGGAUUUGACUCAGCCCAUAGUCUUUAAGCAGCGGGUCAAAGAGCCAAAAAUCGACGAAGAUAAAUCCCAAUCCGGAAACACCAGGAAGUCCGGAAAAUCUAAAAGCAAAAAGUCUAAGACCGCCAGCAGCAAGCUGUCCUUCAACGAGGACGAAGAGGACGAGACGGCCGAGGAUUGA